AUGUCUGUAGCCAAGCAGCCUCUACCAGGGCACGCUAACAACGGUAAACCUCUGAGUAAGAGAUCAGCCAAGGACUAUCUGUUCGGCACCAGGAUUGGAGAGGGAUCAUACUCGACUGUGUUUGCUGCGGUUGAUUUACAUUCGAAUCAGACCUAUGCCAUAAAAGUGUUAUCGAAAAGACACAUUGUCAAGGAAGAUAAAAUCAAAUAUGUAAAUAUCGAGAAGACUACUUUACAUCGGUUGGGACAACAGCAUCCUGGAAUUGUCCAACUAUACUAUACUUUUCAGGAUGAAGCUAGUCUAUUUUUCGUUUUGGAUUUUGCGGAAUACGGAGAACUAUUGUCCAUUAUAAGGAAGUUUGGUUCCUUGUCUGACCAGGUAGCAAAGUUCUACAUGUGUCAGAUAAUUGAUGCUAUCAAAUUCAUUCACCUGAAGGGUGUUAUACACAGAGAUUUGAAGCCAGAAAAUAUCUUGGUCGGUUAUGAUUUAAAUUUGAAGAUAACUGAUUUUGGCGCUGCGAAAUUGUUAGGUGAUGAUAAUAAUGAUGUUGAAGAAGGCAUUGAUUACGAAAAUGUAGAGCAGCCUAUCGCUAGUGGGAAGAGUCCUGUACAUCGCAGAGGUUCCUUUGUUGGAACAGCGGAAUACGUACCGCCAGAGCUUUUGAAGAAUAACAUUUGCGGAUUUGAAUCGGAUGUUUGGGCAUUAGGCUGCAUUUUGUAUCAAUUUUUUAAUGGCACGCCUCCCUUUAAAGGCUCUACAGAGUAUUUGACAUUUGAAAAAAUUAUCAACGUUGAUUACUCCUACAAGCCUUCCCAUCCAGUCCCCCCUGAAGCCAAAACUAUAAUUGAUAGUGUACUAGUUGCUGAGCCUUCUAAUAGGUUGACAAUUCCAGAAAUAAUGUCAAGUAAAUGGUUUCACGGUGUGCCAUGGAAUGAUAGGAACUACAUAUGGAACAGAAGAGUACCCAAACUUGAACCACAGUCUUCCUCAAAUUCAUCAAUUUCGAUGGGCACGCCAUAUGCUCUUGCUUUCAAAAAUGGUAGUAAUCGUAACAUGAACAAAUCUAAUUCGUAUCAGCAGCUUCACUCACAGAUCCAAAGCUCAGAGUUUAAUUUGGUACCCUCGUUGGCUAAAAAGGCCUAUCAGCCAGCAACUAAGAUAAAAAAAGGUUUUGCUCCUCCUCAACCCCCAAUAUCUGCAACUCAUUCUCCCCAUCAAAGUUACCAAAAUAACUUCUCACCAGUACCAACUGUGUCCCAAACUGGGACCAUAUUUAAUCCUCACUUUACCAUGCAACAACCUCAAGUACAACAACCUCAAGUACAGCAGCCUCAAGUACAGCAGCCUCAAGUACCGCAGCCUCAAGUACAGCAGCCUCAAGUACAGCAGCCUCAAUUGCAGAAGCCGCCAUUGCAGAAGCCUCCAUUGCAGAAGCCUCAGAUGCAGAGUUCUGAUCACAGCAUUAAGAUUGUCCCAAAAAAGAGCCCAAAUUUAGAGAAAAAGUCUGGAAACCCAGAUCUCCCCUUCAGAAGUGAAAGGGGUCUGAACAAGUCUUCCACGAACUUUAUGAAACAAUCGUCAUCAGCACAGGUUAAUACUCCACCAACUAGUAGUGAGUCACAGCAUUCGAUUUUCCACAGUAGUAGAGGGCCUAGUGCUAGUGCUACUGAAAUACAAGCAGCAAAUGCAGCAGCCAGCGCAGCUUCGACUAAGAUGCAACGAAAACAUACCGAACUGUCAUCUAAAUCGGCUCGUCGAUCGGAAGUGACCAAUGCAUCACAAGGGAACAAGACAAAGUCCUCAUCUAUCAAAUCCUAUAAUAAACGCAAGGUCGCUAACGAUAUUAAAUUCAGUGAGAUAUCUACUCUUCUUUCUUCAAAUGAAAAGAUUUUAAAAAUGGAUAUGCUUCUAAAACUGUACUUGGGAAAGGACGAAGCUCACAGAAGACCUGGGUCUCAUCUCGACGAGGAGUCUAUAAAUACUUUGAUAUCAAAGUAUAGCCAUACUUUGCAAAAAAAAUCAGAGCUCGUCAUUACAGUUGUAACGAAUAAAGCUAGGGUAUUUUUUAUUAGUAGUGAUUUGAAUGUCAUGCUUAUUGAUUUGAAAGCAAACCAAGGCAAUGACUAUCUGAUGUAUGACUAUGAAUUUGAGAGCAUAGCAGUAGAUGACAAUGCUUCUAUUACAGAUGGAGAAGACAUCUAUGGAUAUCUAGUUCUAGAGUUGGUGAAGGAGGGUGGGGAUUUAAUUUUUUUGAAGAGGGUUAGUGAGAUGGAUAAGUUGACCCUUACAGAUCCAAUUAGAGUUAUAAACAACAAAAAAGAAAAAGUAACAUUAGGAGACAGUUAUGGCUGGAUUGAUUGCUUAUUAAUGGCAAAGCAGAUGGUUGCCAAAGAAAAUAAAGAAUCCAAAUCUAAGUCAAAAGUGAAACAACCUAAGGGAAAAGUUUCUACAAAAAAGGUGAGACGUCUGACUACCGAGUCAAUAAGUGAUUCCUCAUCAGCUAAUAAUAAGGCAAGUGAUUUUGCUUACGCUGCUGCGGCAGCUGCACAUAAGUGA